UGAUCGCUUACGUCAUGACACCCACAAUGCCCCAGCGUGUUCCGGUAAACAAAGAGGCAUGGAAAAUGCAGACGAUGAAAGUGAUUUUCAGUCAUCAGAACUUGGAACAGUUCAGUACUGGGAAGAUGCAUACAAAAGAGAGAUCAAAUCUUUCCAGGAUAUGGGAGACAUCGGGGAAAUUUGGUUUGGGGAAGAAAGUCAGGAACGAAUGGUGAAGUGGUUAGAGACAAAUGAAAUGGUCAGCUUUCAAGAUCCUGUGCUAGACAUGGGAUGUGGGAAUGGAGCAUUUCUUUUAGAACUGAGGAUGCGAGGCUUCACUUGUCUGACAGGAGUGGAUUAUGCACAAGGGGCUGUGGACUUGGCACUUGCAGUACUGGAUGAGAAGGGCUACACUGAUGUAGAACUACAGGCUGGUGAUUUAACAAGUGAUCCCACUUCACUGCUGGCAACCUCAUGCCUGUGCCGACAAUAUCGCGUGUGUGUGGACAAAGGAACGUAUGAUGCCAUUAGUCUGAAUCCUGAUGGUGCUGAGAGAAGUCGUAUGGCGUAUAGACAGAUGGUGAAGCACCUUUUGCAGCCAGGGGGUUUAUUAAUGAUCACCUCUUGCAACUGGACUAAAGAUGAGCUUCUAGACUUUUUCAAGACAGAUUUCAAGUUGUAUGGUGAAAUCAAAGCACCAUCUUAUCAGUUUGGAGGAAAAGUUGGGCAGUGUGUCACAACUCUUAUUUUUACAACCCUGUAAUUUGGCUGAUAACACACUGUAAGCAUCAUCUCAAGUGGUUGUCUAUUGAAGCAGCUGCGAUUUUGGUUUCAUUUGCUUAUUCAUGCCCAGUAAUUUGUUGGAGAGUGGGGCCUCUUUGAAAUCUGCUGUGGCACAAGUCGAAACUGUGUGCGCGCCAGUAUGGGUAUGACUUUUGUGAUGAGCUAUACAGGGAGAGAAAUUUUGUUGUGCAAAUAUUCACUAGGAUGUUGGUCAAAGGUGGUAGUCAUAAUCAAGACAUGUUCCACGUGC